UCGAGUUCAUUUUUGUUUUAUAUCCUUAAAAUCCAUGAGACCCCACAUUUAAUUCCUCCAUCUCCCCUUUCUCUCUGCACCUUAAAUCAACCAUUUCAUCAGCUAAACCAAAAUCUCACAUUGCCAUGGGCGUCGUCGACAUGACUAACCCACCCACCAAAGAUUUCUUUGCUUCUCCCGCUCUCUCCCUUAGCCUUGCCGGGAUAUUCCGGGAUGCCGGUGCGACGGCGGAAGCAGCUGCUAGUAUGGAGGUGGAGGAAGGAGAUGAAGGAAGUGGCGGCGGCGGAGAAGGAGGAGUAUCAGGUAAUAAAAAGGAUGACACAGUGGAAAUCAGUAGUGAGAACUCGGGUCCUGCAAGAUCAAGAUCCGAAGAUGACUUUCACAACGAUGACGACGACGACGAUGCUGAUAAAACCCAAAAGAAGAAGAGAAAGAAGUAUCACCGUCACACGGUGGACCAAAUCAGAGAAAUGGAAGCGCUGUUUAAGGAAUCACCCCAUCCAGAUGAGCAGCAAAGGCAGCAAUUGAGUAAACAAUUAGGCCUUGCUCCAAGGCAAGUCAAGUUCUGGUUUCAAAAUCGUCGAACACAAAUUAAAGCUAUACAAGAGCGCCAUGAAAAUUCAUUGUUGAAGCAAGAGAUGGAGAAGCUCAGGGAGGAAAACAAAGCCAUGAGGGAGAUUAUAAACAAAGCUUGUUGCAUCAACUGUGGCAUGGCUACCACUACCAAAGACGGUUCCAUUAUAGCUGAAGAACAACAACUACGUAUCGAGAAUGCUAAACUCAAAGCCGAGGUAGAAAAACUAAGAAGAGUAAUAGGAAAAUACCCUUUAGGUGCAUCAGCGACCGGUUCAUGUUCAGCUGAAAAUGACCAAGAAAACAGGAGCUCAUUGGAUUUUUACACUGGGAUUUUCGGGCUCGAGAAGUCGAGAAUCAUGGAGAUUGUAAACCAAGCCAUGGAAGAGUUGCAGAAGAUGGCUACCGCGGGUGAACCGCUGUGGGUUCGAAGCGUCGAGACGGGACGAGAGAUACUUAACUACGAUGAGUAUGUCAAAGUGUUCUCCGUUGAAAAUUCAAGCAAUGAGAGGCUAAAAAGAUCAAUUGAGGCCUCUAGAGAGACUGGGGUUGUUUUUGUUGAUCUCCCAAGGCUGGUUCAAAGCUUCAUGGAUGCCAAUCAAUGGAAGGAAAUGUUCUCAUGCAUAAUCUCUAAGGCGGCUACUGUUGAUAUGAUUUGCCAUGGCGAAGCUCCAAAUAAAAAUGGUGCUGUACAGUUGAUGUUUGCUGAGCUGCAAAUGCUAACGCCCUUAGUACCUACCAGAGAAGUUUACUUUGUCCGGUAUUGCAAGCAACUGAGUGCUGAAGGAUGGGCAGUGGUCGAUGUUUCUAUUGACAAAGUUGAAGAAAAUAUUGAUGCGUCCUUAGUAAAAUGCAGAAAGCGUCCAUCAGGUUGCAUCAUCCAAGAUAAAUCCAAUGGCCAUUGCAAGGUGAUUUGGGUGGAACACCUUGAGUGCCAGAAAAGUAAUGUUCAUACAUUGUACCGUACCAUUUUUAGCAAUGGCUUGGUCUUUGGUGCGAGGCAUUGGAUGGCAACAUUGCAACAUCAGUGUGAAAGGCUCGUUUUCUUCAUGGCAACCAAUGUUCCUACUAAGGAUUCAACUGGUGUUGCGACACUGGCUGGGAGGAAGAGCAUUUUGAAAUUGGCCCAGAGAAUGACAUGGAGUUUCUGUCAUGCAAUUGGAGCAUCGAGUUAUCAUACCUGGAAUAAAGUCACCAGCAAAACCGGGGAAGACAUUAGAGUUUCUUCCAGGAAAAACUUGAAUGACCCUGGCGAACCUCUUGGGGUCAUCGUCUGUGCUGUUUCUUCCGUUUGGUUGCCCGUCUCUCCGACUAUUUUAUUUGAUUUCUUGCGAGAUGAAUCUCGUCGCAAUGAGUGGGACAUCGUGUCAACCGGAGGUCCAGUGCAGUCCAUCGUAAACUUGGCCAAAGGGAAAGAUCGUGGCAAUGCAGUAACAAUUCAAACAAUGAAGUCGAAAGAGAACAGCAUGUGGUUUCUCCAAGAUAGCUGCACAAAUGCUUUUGAAUCCAUGGUGGUCUUUGCUCCUGUGGACAUAACUGGUAUACAGUCGGUGAUCACAGGAUGCGACUCCAGCAACAUGGCCAUACUACCUUCAGGGUUCUCCAUUCUUCCUGACGGGCUCGAGUCAAGGCCAUUAGUGAUCACUUCUAGGCACAAGAAGAGAAAUGAUACUGGAGGAUCCUUGCUUACAAUAGCUUUUCAAAUCCUAACAAACAGCUCCCCAACUGCUAAAUUAACCAUGGAAUCAGUGGAAUCUGUCACACAAAUAAUAUCUUGCACAUUGCGUAAUAUUAAGACAAACUUGCAAUGUGAAGAUGGCUGAUCAAACUACCCUUCCUGGUUAGGUAGAUAUUAACUGUAAAAGUCAUAGUUUUAUUUUUUCUCUUUUCACCCCCACAACUUAGAGGUUUAAGCAGAUAACCUAUUUUUGUUAUGUGGGUUUGUUUCUAUUCCUUCUUUGGUUAAGCACAGAUGGUUUGGACUUCAGGCAUAUUUAUGGAGGGGCAAGUGGAUUGACAGAGUUGGAUUUCAAAAUCAUUUUAGAUCUAAGAGAGUGAAAUAUUCCUGAUGUAUAUAAUUACUGUUCAUUUAUGCAAUAUUGCGGCUUUCUUUAUUGCUUUACCAA